AUGAAUCCAAUAAAUCAGACUAGAGUGGACAAUUUCAUAAUUAAAGGAAUUUCUGAUGUUCAAGAGCUUCAGUUGAUUGUCUUCCUACUUGUUCUUCUAAUUUAUCUUUUUACUCUUUGCGGCAACAUGACAAUGCUUCUUCUGGUCUGCUGUGAUUGCCAGCUACACACUCCCAUGUACUUCUUUUUGGCCAACCUGUCCAUCAUAGACGUGUCUUCCUCCACCAUCACUCUACACAGAAGUCUCACAAACUUUAUAUUUAGGGAUAAAACAAUAUCUGUCUUCACCUGCAUGGCACAGAUGUAUAUUUUCUUAUCUCUCACAAGUGAUGAACUGCUUCUACUGACAGCCAUGAGCUAUGAUCGCUAUACCGCCAUCUGCAAUCCAUUACGUUAUCACACCGUCAUGAGCCGUAGAGUCAAUGCUCUGUUGGUUACGGUGUGUUGGUUAGUGGGAUUUAUUCAGGUUGUUCCUAUUGUUGUUUCUCUUUCAGGUUACAAUUGUUAUAUAUCUAAUGAAAUAAAUCACUUUUUCUGUGACAUCACACCAUUGGCGAAACUCUCAUGUAACGAUGUUUCUUUCUUGGAGCUCUACAUUUUCAUAAAUGGAAUAUUUCUUGUAAUAUUCCCCUUUUCCCUCACUUUCAUCCCUUAUAUAUUCAUCAUACUAGCCAUACUUAAAAUACGUACCAGCACAGGCAGACGUAAAGCCUUUUACACGUGUUCCUCACACCUAACCGUUAUUAUCCUACUCUACGUGACUCUCAUCUGCCAAUAUCUCAGGCCAAAUUCUAUGGACAGCUUGGAAUCUAAAAAACUGUUCUCUCUGUUUAACACAGCUGCUGUCCCCAUGCUAAACCCUCUGAUUUACAGUUUGAAAAACAAAGAUGUGAAGUUCGCCCUAAAGCGGAGACUCAAUCUGCUGUGGAAGCAUUAA